UGUUGGAGGUUGGAGGCGGUGUUUUAUUGUAUGAAAUCAGUUUGGGAUCCACUUCGUUCAGUCAUGGCGUCCGGGAAGACGGUGGAUUGCAGCGCUUUCCGCGAUUAACCACCGACUCAUGGCGACUAAAGCCGCUGCAUUGCGCUUUAUUUUCGCGUGAUAUCAUUUAACAACACAGUCACGGAGCUAUCCAGUCACAACGAGUUUUAAUUCAACAGUUAAGGUGGGUUUGAGCAGUAUGGUGGAGCCAGAGGAGCGGCCCUCGGUGGCGGGCCAGAGGCUGGGGGCCCCCGAGAGCAUGGGCAUCAGCACGCUGGAGCCCGGCCAGCAGCCUCCCACCAUGCCCCCCGGCAGACAGGUCUCCAUCCGGGUCCAGAUGUUGGAUGAUACUCAGGAAGUCUUUGAGGUCUCGCAACGUGCUUCAGGGAAGGUGCUGUUUGACCUGGUUUGUGCCCACCUGAACCUCAUCGAGGGUGAUUACUUCAGUUUGGAGUAUCAGGACCAGCGUAAAAUGACCGUGUGGUUGGAUCUGCUGAAGCCGAUUCUAAAACAAAUCAGACGACCCAAGAACACCAUCCUGCGGUUCGUGGUGAAGUUCUUCCCUCCUGAUCACACGCAGCUGUUAGAAGAGCUGACCAGGUAUCUUUUCGCCUUGCAGAUCAAGCAUGACCUGGCCUGUGGACGUUUGACCUGUAAUGAAAGCAGUGCCGCCUUGCUGGUCUCUCAUAUAGUGCAAUCUGAUGCUUCAGCAGAAAUCCCAAAACACAGUAAAAUCCAGUACAACAGCAGUCUUUCUCCAUCCCCACCCAGGCUGUGUGCCGAGGGUCAAGGAGAGAGGAAUGCAGACUCCCCUAUUGGACACACCCAAGUGACUGUUGAAAACCCAGCUCUCCAGCGUUACACUGAGAGUCUAACCUCACAGACCAAUGGAUGCCGAAAUGGGACCCCCGAUGAGGCGGAUACUCGAUUAAAGCCAUCCCCAUCCAAGCAGCAGGCCGAGCAUCUGAGCACAGGUCCCGUUUCCAGGAGCCCUCAGCACAGCGAAUCUCUGUCUGCAGGCCAAGUGAUGGUGAACGGCCAGAAACAGAGUCUUAACCUAGGCCAAAGUCCAGACGGACGGCAUCCUUCUCCUCUCACCAGCCCCUUACUGACCGACGCUGGCUUCAUCCGCACAGACGACGAGGACGAGGUUCGGAGGAAGAGGUUCCCGACUGAUAAAGCGUACUUCAUUGCCAAAGAGCUCCUGACCACAGAGAGGACGUAUCUGAAGGAUCUGGAGGUCAUUACUGUGUCCUUUCAGAAGUCUGUAGAGAAGGAUGAAGCCAUGCCGGAUUCCUUGAGGAAUCUCAUAUUUGCCAGUUUUGAACCGGUGUACAAAUUUCACGAGACCUUUCUGAAAGAUGUGGAGCAGCGACUGGCUCAGUGGGAAGGCAGAUCCAAUGCACACAUCAAAGGAGACUACCAGCGUAUUGGAGAUGUAAUGCUGAAGAAUAUCCAGGGUUUGAAGCUGCUGACGGCUCAUCUCCAGAAGCAUUCGGAAGCGUUGCUGGAGCUGGAGAGGAUGUGUCGCUCGUCCCGGAAGCUGGAGGGUCUGUGUCGAGACUUUGAGCUGCAGAAGGUCUGUUAUCUGCCGCUCAACAUCUUCUUCCUGCGGCCGCUUCACCGCCUCAUGCACUACAAACAGAUCCUCGAGCGACUCUGCAAACAUUAUCCACCGACACACGACGACUUCAGAGACUCGCGAGCUGCGCUUGCUGAUGUUUCUGAGAUGGUUGUGCAGCUUCACGGCACCCUCAUUAAGAUGGAGAACUUCCAGAAGCUUCUAGAGCUCAAGAAAGACCUCAUUGGCAUCGACAAUCUUGCACUCCCUGGACGGGAGUUUAUCAGACUCGGUUGUCUCAGCAAACUCUCUGGAAAAGGUCUACAGCAGAGAAUGUUCUUCUUGUUCAAUGAUGUUCUGAUGUACACGAGUCGAGGGAUGACGGCCUCCAAUCAGUUCAAAGUGCAUGGCCAGCUUCCUCUGUAUGGCAUGACGAUCCGUGAAAGUGAGGACGAGUGGGGCGUCCCACAUUCCUUCACUCUGUUUGGACAGAGACAGUCCGUCGUCGUGGCUGCCAGUUCAGCGUCUGAGAUGGAGAAGUGGGUGGAGGACAUCAAGAUGGCCAUUGAACUGGCGGACAAAUGCAAUGGCCCCUCGGCUGAGAUCCUGUCCAGCAGUUUCACUGACAGCAAAUCCCCUGAGGAAUCUAGCGCUGACCAGGAAUCAGAUGAUGACCUGAGCACUUCACAGACGUCUCUCGAGCGGCAGACGCCUCACCGUGGUAAUACCACGGUUCACGUGUGCUGGCAUCGCAACACCAGCGUGUCCAUGGUGGAUUUUAGCGUAGCGUUAGAGAAUCAGCUGUCUGGGAAUCUGCUGAGAAAGUUCAAAAACAGCAACGGUUGGCAGAAGUUAUGGGUGGUCUUCACCAACUUCAGUCUGUUCUUCUACAAAACACACCAGGAUGAAUAUCCUCUGGCCAGCCUUCCUCUGCUGGGAUACUCCAUCACUAUUCCCUCAGAGUCUGAGAACAUCCAUAAAGACUACGUCUUCAAGCUCCAUUUCAAAUCACACGUCUACUAUUUCAGAUCUGAGAGCGAGUACACGUUUGAGAGGUGGAUGGAGGUUAUCCGCAGCGCCACCUGCUCCUCCAGUCACAUCCGCUCACUGAGCCGCAAAGAGCCACACGUCUACUGACCAAAGACCCUCGACAGCCUGCCUGAACACACACACGUCAGGUUCUCUAUCAGGUCCUCUCAACACACUUUAAAAUGUUUCUUAUGGAAGUUUUUCGUGUGCUAUAUCGUUGUUUCACUUUAUUGAAAAAUUCAGAAGCCUUUGAAUGGGUUUAGAUGUAAAGUUUUGUAACGAGAAUAUGGAUUCAGUGCCAGGAAAUACACAUGAUCACAACAUCAGGUCAAAGAGAAACACUUCCAGUUUUGCAGUUCAUUUUAAAUUUGUAAAAGACACAAAAUCCUCGUUAGUAAACAACAGUCCUCGUUCAUGAAAUGCAAGUACUGAUUUGUGUAAAUCAUUCGUAAAAUUUGUAAGAAUGCUUUCAGGAAUGAUUUAUUGAACUGAAUGCAGUGGUUAUGUUGAAUGCGAUGAUUUAUUCUUUUGAAAGUUUUAUUGAUUUGUAUAUGAGAGUGUUCUAUAAAUGGUUUAUUGAAGGCUUUAGUGUACGUGAGACUGGUUAUACUGAAUUGAAUGUGACUGUUUAAGCUGAGAACAGUUUUACGAACAAUUUACACAUGAAUUUCUUGUUGGUGUUUCAUGAAUGAGGCCUAAUGCCUGUAAAAUUGGUCAGUGAAACAUCUCUGGACUGUUUUUAAAUGUAGUAACACUAGCCUUUUAUUACUGACUUCUGGUCUGAUGUUUUUAAAUGGUUGACGCUUUCUGUCUACAUCUCAGUGAAAAAAAAAAAAAAACUGUGUGCAGGUCAUAUUUCACUCCAAAAUAG